CCGAGGACAAAGGUGGCCUUGCGGGACCGGGAGCGGGACCGGGAGCGGGACCGGAGCCGGGAGAAGGAGGGGUGGCCGGAGCCGCAACCGAACGGCGCUGGGCGGGCGGGAGCCGACCCGGAGCGGGGUCACCCGGUGCUGGGGGAAGGAGGCUCCCCCGCUCCCAAACGUCCCCAAGACUUUGGGGGACCCCAAAAAGGUCCCUGGGCUGCUUGGGGGAAAGGCAUCCCCGCUGCCCCCCGACGCUGGGCACCCCAAGAGCCCCAUCUCGUCUCCUCGAAGCCUGCGGUGUGGCUUUAAUAGGAAAAUAAUCACCCUGGCACACAUCCACCCUGUGGAGUGAGGUGCCAGAGGGGGGACAGCGGGGUGCCCGUCCCCACGGCCCCCUUGCACUGCUGCACCCCGGAUUGAGCUCUCUCAGGGCCACCAAGGUCACCCGCACGUCGCCGAUGCUGGCAGUCACCAGAGCCCGGAGCUAGAGCCGGAGCCCAGGGAUCGGAGCCAUGAAGCUGAACGAGCGGAGCCUGGCCUUCUAUGCCACCUGCGACUCCCCGGCCGACAACGCCGGGUUCCUCUACAAGCGUGGCGAGCGGCACACGGCCUAUCACCGCCGCUGGUUCGUGCUGAAGGGCAACAUGCUCUUCUACUUCGAGGAGCGGGAGAGCCGGGAACCGGUGGGGGUCAUCGUGUUGGAGGGCUGCACCGUGGAGCUCUGCGAUUCAGCCGAGGAGUUGUUCGCCUUCGCCAUCCGCUUCGGUGGCAACAAGUCCCGCACCUACGUGCUGGCAGCGGAGAGCCAGGCCGCCAUGGAGUCGUGGGUGAAGUCGCUCUCCAGGGCCAGUUUCGACUACUUGAGGAUGGUGGUGCGGGAGCUGCAGAUGCAGCUGGAGGAGAUCGUCCUGGGGCCGGCUGGUGGAUAUGGAGGCUGCCGGCAGUUGCCGCCUGGCUCCUGGAAGUCGAAGCCCUCAUGGCCAGAGCGGUCCCCAGAGAAGCUGCCAGCUCUGCCUGCCCUCCUGCCGAAGGAGAACGGCUGCGCGGUGUGGAACAAUGCACCAGGAGCGGGCAGGGUGCCUGACACCUCCAGCUGUGGUGGGUAUGGUGAGGGGAACCCGCGGCCACCACCGCUGCCACCACGCAGGCGGGCAUCAAGCAGUGAGGCAGGCAGCCCCAGGGUGGCCAUGGCAGAGAGCCCCUCCACCUUCUGCUGGCUCCACGAGCAGUAUGGUCAGGAGGUGGUCCGGCUGCGGCAGGACUGGCUGGAGAAGCAGCGUGGCCCCCGGUCCUGAGAGGUGGCCGAGCCCUGGGAACCUGCCAAGACGCGUGGCAGGGAGGAGGUGAUCAUCCUUGGUGCCACCUUGGUCCCCUCCUCGCCCUGGGAUGCGCAGCCUUGUUGUGGUGGUGAUGGACACCUGCUGAUGGUGCCACUGAGGGCCCAGCACUGAGGGACACCAGUGCUGCUCCGUGAUGGAGAAAUGCCAACCCAGCACUGAUGGCAGCUGGGCUCAGCAUGCCACCAGCCAGGCAUUAAGUCCCCGGGCUCUCAGGGCUGCCAGGCUCUUAGGUAUCUCAUACCAGGCAGGGGUGUACCCCUCCAUGUACCCCACGUGGGAUGGCCCACCCAGCACAAGUAAGCUACAAACCAUUUGCUGGCUGAUGCCUCCUGGGAAUUGACCACUGCACUGGGUCUGCUGAGGCCUCUUGAUGCUUCUGCAGUGGGAUCAUGCACCACCAGUGCUUUUAGAGGAGGAUUUUGAUGGGAUCUCACACACCUGAGCCCCUGUGUGGGUGUUUCACAGCUGGGGAGCUGGCUCUGCCUUCCCUUCUCUGCAUAGCACAAGCCACUGGCUGAGGUCAGCCCAGUUUCGCCGGAUCCCUCUGCUCCAGCAGGAUGUGGUUUGAAAGAGAAAAUAUCAGUGAGCGCAGCCCUUCCUUAGUGACAACAGCACUGCACGCCCUGGCUCCCUGGGGGGUUGGUGACACCCAGCCCUGGGUAUUUUCACAGGGUGAUUGCUGUUUGCAGCCCAGCCGGUGGACCCACAGGGUGGCAGACCCAAGGGGAACGUGGUGGCUGCGGGUACCACCUUGCCGGGUGGAUAUUUUGGGGCAGGACAUCAUCCCCAGGCUGGCUCAGCAAGGGGAAGCAUCACGCACGGCAGCAAACAGGAACGAAUGUGUCAGCGGCAGAGCGUGUCGAGUGAUUCAUGUGCCAAACCAGAGCGAAGCCGGUGUUUCUCUUAUUUCCCCAACCGUUUAUACCAACACUAAAGCUGCUGGAUGGGAGGUGGGGUGACCCACCCCGGGUCUGGGAGAAGCAGUCAGGGUGCUCUGGGUUUGGGCUGGGUGGCACCGGCUCCCUUUUCCCCCCUUGGGACAGGCACAAGA